AUACAUUUCUGGCUAACAGUUGGUUAUCCAGAUGGUAUGAAUAAAUUUUGUUGAUCUUUCAAAAAAAAAAAAAAAAAAAAAAAAAAACAACUUCACCUCUCCCACACCUAUCACCUCAUUCUGCCGUACAUCGGCGGCGAUCUACCACUUCUCCGGUCGGAUCUCCGACGUAGUUAUCCUUACCUAUACUAUACCCUUCCCUCUCCUCUCCUCUCUAUCUCAAUUUCAUUAUCAACAAAAAAAGCACAAAAUUGAAAAAAAUUAGGGUUCGCUUCGUUCGGACUUGAAAUUUCGUCUAUUUAUCUAUAUUUUUGAGUCUGGAUUUACGUCAAUAAGGGGAGAGGGAAGUUGAAAAAUCCAAAAAAAAUAUUUAAAAAUUGUUUGGGGAAAAAUAGUUGUUAUCUAGGGUUUUGAGAUGGCUGCUCAGGUUCAGGCUCAGGCUCAAGCUCAGGCGGUUGGUGGUGGUGGUGGUGGUCAGCAGUUUGUGCCGACGUCGUUGUAUGUUGGGGAUCUGGAGUGGAAUGUGACGGAUUCGCAGCUGUAUGAUCUGUUUAACCAGUUAGGGCAGGUGGUUUCUGUUCGAGUUUGCAGGGAUAUGUCCACUAGGCGGUCGCUUGGUUACGGUUAUGUCAACUACGCCAAUGCUCAAGAUGCUGCAAGGGCAAUGGAGGUGCUGAACUUCACACCUCUGAACGGAAAGCCAAUCAGAAUAAUGUAUUCCCAUCGGGAUCCUAGUGUACGCAAAAGUAGUUCUGGAAACAUAUUUAUCAAGAAUUUGGAUAAGGCGAUUGACCAGAAAGCACUACAUGACACCUUUUCUACAUUUGGAAACAUUCUCUCAUGCAAGAUAGCCACAGAUUCAGCUGGUCAAUCAAAGGGCUAUGGUUUUGUGCAGUAUGACAGUGAAGAAGCUGCACAAAAAGCUAUUGAAAAGCUCAAUGGCAUGCUUCUAAAUGACAAACAAGUAUACGUGGGGCCCUUUUUGCGUAAGCAAGAAAGAGAAUUGGCUGUUGACAAGUCAAAGUUCACAAAUAUUUAUGUCAAAAAUAUGUCAGAAUCAACAACUGAUGAGGAUUUAAACAAAAUAUUUAGUGAAUAUGGAACUGUUACCAGUGCUGUUGUGAUGAAAGAUGCUGAUGGGAACUCCAAAUGUUUUGGAUUCGUUAAUUUUGAGAAUGCUGAUGAUGCUGCUAAAGCGGUUGAUGCUUUAAAUGGUCAAAAGUUUGAUAAUAAAGAAUGGUAUGUGGGAAAAGCACAGAAAAAACAUGAAAGGGAACAAGAGUUGAAGCAAAGAUUUGAGCAGAGUAUGAAGGAGGCAGUUGAUAAAUCACAAGGGCUAAAUCUGUACAUAAAGAAUUUAGAUGACACGAUUGAUGAUGAAAACCUCAAGGAAUUGUUUUCUUCUUUUGGUACCAUAACUUCAUGCAAGGUUAUGCGAGAUCCUAAUGGAGCAAGCAAAGGAUCAGGUUUUGUUGCAUUUUCAACUUCUGAAGAAGCAUCUAGAGCACUUUUUGAGAUGAAUGGAAAGAUGGUUGGUAGCAAGCCUCUUUAUGUUGCACUUGCACAACGCAAGGAAGAUAGACGGGCAAGGUUGCAGGCACAGUUCUCACAAAUGCGGCCAAUUGCUAUGGCACCUACUGUAGCUCCUCGUAUGCCAAUGUACCCCCCUGGUGGCCCAGGUCUUGGUCAACAAAUAUUCUAUGGUCAACAGCCUACAUUCAUUCCUCCCCAACCUGGAUUUGGGUAUCAGCAGCAACUUGUACCAGGUAUGAGGCCUGGCGGGGCUCCAAUCCCCAACUUCUUUAUGCCAAUGGUUCAGCAAGGUCAACGCCCAGCUGGCAGACGUCCUGCUCAGCAAAACCAGCAGCCUGUUCCCCUUAUGCAUCAGCAGAUGAUGCCACGGGGAAGGGUGUACCGGUACCCUCCAGGACGCAAUGCACCUGAUCCUUCCAUGAGUGGUGCAGGCAUGGUGUCUGUUCCAUAUGACAUGAGUGGAGUCAUUCCAUUGCGUGACGCUGCAAUCUCCCAACCAAUUCCUAUCGGUGCUUUAGCUUCUGCACUUGCAAAUGCUUCCCCAUCUGAGCAGAGGACGAUGUUGGGAGAAAAUCUAUAUCCACUAGUGGAACAGCUGGAGCCGGAGUCAGCAGCAAAGAUAACAGGGAUGCUUCUGGAAAUGGAUCAAACUGAAGUUCUUCACUUGCUGGAAUCCCCUGAUGCUCUCAAAGCAAAGGUUGCAGAAGCUAAGGAGGUUUUGAGGAAUGUUUCUCAACAGCAGCAGGCGGCAGCUGGUGGUGCCGCUAACCAAUUGGCGGGUCUCUCAAUAGAAUGAUCUUGACUUGUUAUUGGGAUGGUUUGUGGUAUGACUUUUUAUGUAGUAUGUUAUGGCAGUAAGAUAUUUAAAUUGAUUUGGUUUGGGUGUUUGGCUAGGUGGAUUUUUAUGAUUUGAAGAUUGUUGGUUAUUUUGUUUGGGAUUUAUAUAAAUUCUGCUGGUUUGUUUAUUU